UUUUGAAUUUUUAUAUGAGUGCUAUUGUUUAUAUUUACGGCGGUAAAUAUUACAUCUAGUAUUGUUUUCCAUUAUUUUGAAUUAUAUACGUAAAUAGAACAAAUAUGUGCGUACCAUUUGGUUCUACUAUGUUAUACUCCACUGUAAAAGCAAGAUUUUUACCAUUUGUAUACAAUAUCAAUAAAUUUAAGAGUUUCUGUACUAUGCCAGAGAACGAUAGUUCUCCGUUAUCUGGGAUUCGGAUUUUGGAUCUUACGCGUAUAGUGGCUGGUCCUUAUUGCACUAUGAUCCUCGGGGAUCUUGGAGCAGAAGUUAUAAAAAUUGAGAAGCCUGGUAGCGGUGAUGAAGCACGUAAAUGGGGACCACCAUUUUUCAAUGGAACCCAAGAAUCUACUUAUUUUGUGAGCGUUAAUAGAAAUAAGAAGAGUAUAUGCAUAGAUUUAAAAAAAGGAAGAAAUAUUAUCUAUGAGUUGGCUAAAAAGUCUGACGUACUUGUAGAAAAUUAUAUUCCAGGAAAAUUAAUGAAAAUGGGUUUAGGAUAUACAGAUAUAAAAAAGAUAGCACCUCAUCUUAUAUAUUGUUCCUUGACUGGUUAUGGCUCUGCAGGUCCUUAUGCUAAUAGACCAGGUUAUGAUGUCAUUGCUAGUUCUAUAGGUGGUCUUCUACAUAUCACAGGCUUUAAAGAUGGACCUCCGUGCAAAGUAGGUGUAGCUAUGACUGAUAUGGCUACAGGUCUUUAUGCACAUGGUGCUAUCAUGGCAGCAUUGCUUCAAAGAUUAAAAACUAAGGAAGGACAGUGGAUUCAGUGUAAUCUUUUAUCUACUCAAAUUGCUAGCUUAAUAAAUAUCGGGUCAAAUUAUUUGAAUGCUGGUCAAGAGGCUACAAGGUGGGGUUCUGAACACGAAAGUAUUGUGCCUUAUGAAGCUUUUCCAACAAAGGAUGGAUACUUAACAGUUGGUGCAGGAAGUGAUUUUCAAUUUACUGAGUUAAUUCAAAAGAUGCAAUUAAUAGAAUUAGGUAAUAGUAAUAAAUUUAAGAAUAAUGUUAAUAGAGUGCAAAAUAGAAAAGAAUUAUUGAAUAUACUUAGAAGUGAAUUUAAAAAGAAAACAAAUAAAGAAUGGAUGACAAUAUUUGAGGGAUCCACAUUUCCAUAUGGACCUGUUAAUACCAUAGGACAGGUCUUUGAGGACAAUCAUGUAAAACACAUAGGAUUGGUUAAAGAAAUGGAACAUUCUAAUAUAGGAAAAAUUAGGGUUGUUGGACCACCAGUAACAUAUAGUUAUGCUAAUAAUACUGUUAGACUUCCACCUCCAAUGUUAGGGGAACAUACAAUUGAAAUUUUAAGAGAUUUAUUAAAAUAUCCUGAUAAUGAAAUACAAAAUUUAAUAUCCCAGAAAAUUAUACAAUGAUCAAAUUAAAAUAUUAUCAUAUUAAAUAUAAAUAAU